AUGGGCUUUGUCUUUAACUGUUUUUAUGUUCUUGGUUUGCUUCAGGACUCUGGUAGGUGCAUAGAUGCUGUGACUGCGGCUAAGUGUUGGGAGGAUGAUCCAGUCACGAACGCAGGCAGAGGGUCUAAUUUGACAGAAGAUGGGCGUGUAGAAUGUGAUGCCAGUAUUAUGGAUGCGAACUCUGGAGCAUUUGGGGCUGUUGGAGCAUUGCCAGGUGUCAAAAACCCCAUCAAGGUUGCUGCUUUACUGGCCAAGGAGCAAAUGCUGGGUUCCUCCCAGUUGGGCCGAAUACCUCCCAUCUUCCUGGUUGGUGAAGGUGCCCACAUAUGGGCGAAGUCCAAGGGCAUUGCUUUGUCAGUAAGCACAUCAGCUGCUGAUGAGUGGCUGGUGACCGAAAGGGCAAAAGCACAUUGGAAAAAGUACAAAGCAAUGGUAGAUGAUGCUAAAGAAAGGACAUAAACUUCUGCUGUUAAAUUUCGUUGUAGUCCUCAAGAGGCUUCUGGAAUUCCAGAAUUAGAAGCUCAUUUAUGUGAUUCCUUAAAGAAAUAUGGAGCAGAGGAGGAUUGCAUCAUGGACACAGUUGGGGUUAUUUGUGUGGACGCUAAUGGUCCAAUUGCAUCUGGAGCCUCAAGUGGAGGCAUUGCAUUAAAGGUUGGUGGGCGUGUGGGAUUAGCAGCAAUGCAUGGUUCAGGCUGUUGGGCAUCCUCCAAAGGUCUAUUUGGGGUUCCAUGUAUAGUUGGCUGUUGUGUAAGUGGGGCUGGUAAAUCUCUGAUGAAAGGAUUUGCAGCUCGAGAGUGCUGUGUCUCUUUAUCACUUUCACAGGCAGGUCCAGCCUCUGCUUGCAUGAAAGUUUUACGCUUUGUUGUUCAAGAAAGUAAUCAGAAUUGUACUGAUAGAAGUGGCGGAUGUCUAGUUGUGCAAGCUGAUGCUCCUGUACUGGUUUCAGGAAGUUCUCCAAAGUUAAAAGCUGUUGAGAUUGCAGCUGCUUACUCUACCUUAUCCUUUGCUAUACGAUUUUUUGGAAGCUCUAUGGAGCGACCCAAGGUUUCAAUCCUAAGGAGUACAAAAUUACAACGCAAUACUGGAGUAGACCAUUUUGAAGCACGAAUUGAUCUUUCUGCUAAAAGAACAAAAGAGGAAUCAAAACAUUCAUGGAUGACCAAGACCUUCAAGCAGGGGCUCCGAUUUCCCCGACUCUCUUAGCAGCAAUAGAAGAAUCAAGGUUUGCGAUUGUUGUUUUCUCCCAGAACUAUGCUUCUUCUACUUGGUGUUUGGAGGAACUUGUAAAGAUUUGUGAAUGCAUGAAGGAGGAAAACAGAAUUCUUCCACUUUUUUAUCAUG